CUUGAGGCUUAAUUUGCUUAAGAAGAAAAGUGACAUCUUAAUUUGUCACCAUUUCUUUCAGACAUUCUUGGUUUCUUUAUUUUCAAGGGAUAAUCCACUCUGAACGGGAUUGCUGAUAUGACAAGUGGGGAUUCUUUAGAUGGAAUGGUGAGUGAAUCUAUGGGAGGAAAGGCUAAAAUGAGACAACAAAAGACCAGUUGCACAAGGCUUGUUACUGUUUUAACUUGUUUACAAUUCUCAUUUGCUGUUUAUGCUACAUUUCUUCUAUAUUACAUGACCCCCUCUCUAGAUUUAAGGACUAACCCAGACUUCAGUUGGACUACCCAAAUCGCUCAGCAGUGGAAGCAAUUUAUAAUCCAACCCCACGUCGUUACUCGUUAUAAUCAGGAAGCUAAUUCACUUGUUAGACCUGAAACUCAACCAAUUACUCCCUCUGAAGUCUGUGAACAUGAGAAAAUUGAUUUUGUACAGAAGAAGUCGAACGAUGCUGUCACGAUCAAGUUGAAGACAGAACUUUAUCAACAAGUGUUAGCUUUUCAAAGCAAGUCCCUUGGUGCUGAGACUCUUUCUGAGGUAAUGUCAAUGAAGUCCAAGUGGGAUUUGCGCGGUCCAAACAAGCCAAAAAUUACAGUAAUCUUGAACCAUUUCAAGAGGAAAACACUAUGUGCCCAGCUUGACUCUUUGCUAGGCCAGACUCUCCCAUUUCAUCAUGUUUGGGUACUUUCAUUUGGAAGUCCAAAUGAGCAAUCAUUAAAGAAUAUUGUGGACAGAUAUAAUGACUCAAGAAUAAGUUUUAUCAGUUCAAGUUAUGAUUUCAAGUACUAUGGAAGAUUCCAAUUGGCUUUACAAACAGAAGCUGAUCUUGUAUAUAUCCUAGAUGAUGACAUGAUUCCUGGAAAAAAGAUGCUGCAAAUUCUAGCACAUGUGGCAGGGACAGACAAGUAUAAGAAUUCUGUUUUGGGGAGCAUUGGUAGGAUUUUGCCUUUUAGACAGAAGGAUUCUAGUUUUCCAAGCUACAGGAUGUUUCGAUCGAAAGAAGCAGGGCUUUAUUUGCCUGAUCCUGCUUAUAAUAUAACUGUGGAUAAAAUUGUUCAGGUGGAUUUCCUCUCCAGUUCUUGGUUUAUGUCUGCUGAACUUGUCAAGACACUUUUCAUUGAGACACCAUUCACUUUCAUGACAGGGGAAGACUUGCACUUAAGCUAUCAGCUUCAGAAGUACAGAAAUGCUGGUUCAUUUGUGCUACCAGUAGAUCCAAAUGAUAAAGAAACUUGGGGUGACAGUGAGCAUAGACUUGCCUACGUAUCCGAAACAACUGUAAUUUUCAAGGACGUUGUUCAAGUCCGAGAUGAUCAAUGGUGGAGAGCACUCUCUACCGGUUAUGUGACACAAUGGGCAGCGAUGUAUCCUGAAAAAAUCGAUGCACUCUUCUAUGCCCACUCUGUCGAUGAAGUUAAAGCUCUCGCGCCUCUUCUUGAAAAGUUCAGAUCAACUGUUGGAAAGAAGGCAUAUAUUGUUGUCUCAGGAGGCAAUUUUUGCCCUUGUGAAGAUGCUGCAGCAGCUUUGAAAUGGCCAAAGGCAGUCUGCAAAGAAAGAAGAUUCAAGAUUAUGGAUAUAGGAGUUGGUGCUUUAUUAGGAACUUCAAAUUCGGAGGUGCCUGUUGUUCAAGCAGUGUAUGCUAGCAUGAAAGGACUUGUCAAAAUUCAUAAUCCUAGCCUGGUGAUAACAGUAGCUGAUGCUGACUCUAAUGUGAAGAAAGCUCUAAAUAUGGCUACAGAGACUAAUACAAACAGUUCAACGCUCGUUCUUCUACCUAAAUCAUCGGUGCCAAAGGUUCUAUGGAUGGCUGAUCUUCGUUCCACAGCAUUGCCAAAUUGGAAUAGGAUGAAAAUUUCGGUAAAUAUCAUCACACAGAACAGAGCUAAUUCACUAGCAAGGCUUCUCAAAUCUCUCAGUGAAGCACACUAUAUUGGUGACGAAGUUUCUAUUACUUUCAACAUGGAUAGAAAGGUGGAUGAGGCAACUAUAAAGCUUGUCAACACAUUUAAUUGGCCUCAUGGAUCCAAAAUUAUUCGAAGGAGAAUCAUCCAAGGAGGCCUCAUUCGAGCUGUGAGCGAGAGUUGGUACCCCUCCUCGGAUGAUGAUUUUGGACUCUUACUUGAAGAUGACAUUGAAGUAUCCCCUUACUAUUACCUUUGGAUUAAAUAUGCUCUCUUGGCCUAUCACUAUGACCCUGAAAUAUCACUUCCUGAGCUCUCGGCGAUCUCUCUUUAUACUCCAAGAUUGGUGGAAGUGGUAAAAGAAAGGCCUAAAUGGAAUGCAACAGAUUUCUUCAAGCACAUUCAUCCAAACACACCUUAUCUCCACCAAUUGCCUUGCAGUUGGGGUGCAGUUUUCUUUCCAAAACAAUGGCGGGAAUUCUACGUUUACAUGAACAUGAGAUUCACAGAAGAUGCCAAGCAAAAUCCAGUUCAAAUCCCAAGAUCAAGAACAAAUGGUUGGCAAGCUUCUUGGAAGAAAUUUUUAAUAGAUAUGAUGUACUUAAGAGGGUAUGUUACACUUUAUCCCAACUUUCCAAAUCAAACGAGCUUUUCAACCAAUCAUAUGGAACCAGGAGCUCAUAUCGCUGCUAAGGAAAAUGUGAUUAAGCAUAACAAGGUUGAUUUUGAGGUGCCAUUGUUGAAGGAAGACUUGAGAAACUUUCUGCCAAAUGGGAAAAUGCCUGCAGCUUCAAAAUUGCCUUCAUUAAACCUCUUCAAUCAGCCUGUUUCUCUCAAGGGCUUAAAGGCGGCUGGAGCAAAACUGGGGCAAGAUAUUCUUAAAUGCAAUCCAACUGAGGUAGUAGAAGUUAACCAUGAGACAGGUCUGCCUUCAAAUUGUGCAAGAUUCUGAGAAUUCCUCACUUUAUCCAAUUCCUUUUUUUUUCUUCCGCUCCCAAAAGUUACAUCACUUGGUAUAAGUGAUAGUGAGGAAUUAGGGCGAGAGCAAGUUGAUGCACUGACUAAUAAUCCUUAUUCUUGAUGACAGAACUGAGACUUGUAUAGUUACCCUUUGCAGCCAAAAGUGGCUAUUUGUACCCUCCUCUUCUUUUCUAUCUGCCUAUAUAUGUAUCUUUUAUCGUUUUGGUAACUUAAGAUUUGUACAUGACAUAUA